AUGGCUUCUUCCUUCAUUAGGAGAGGAUUGCACUGUUCCAUAAAAGGUGGAGGACUUGGCUGGAGGUAUUUUAGGACAAUGACCUUCUGCAGGAUGUCUCAGUCACUAGUAAGGGUCAGUCAGAGCCCUGCAGGAAAAACACCACCAACGGAAGAGAAGAGAAUCAGGGCUUACCAGACUACAGGUAGGAUUAAAUUUACAUUCUCUCCAUAGUCACCGUUUUGCUAUUCAGUUAUAAAUUCACUACCGUUUGGUUUGUAGUGGGUGAACUGCAUUGUUUUGAUAAAAUAUUUGAUAUAAAUGUUCAGGAACAAUUGUACCUAAGUUGUGUCUGGUAGACAUUAUUACAUGAGUUUACUAUGAAUACUAAACGGUGGAAUACUUGGUUUUAGGAAACUGAUAAAUCUACCCAAUUCUUUAUUGUGAAGAAUAUUAAAUGUAGGCAGCCCAAGCGGACAUCCUGGUAUUCUUUAGAUCUGUUUAUAAAUUGUAAAUACAAAUGCCAUGUAAAAUUCAGACGUGAGUUUGGUUGGUAAAAUAAAAUAAACCUCGAUUUCAGAAAUUUUACAUUUAUAAAGCAUGCACAGCUCGCAGCCUCAGCAGCUUGUGGACAAGAGCCAAAUAAUACAUUGCAGCAAAGGCUGGGAUUUGUAGAAAUGUAACAUUUGAUAGAUUUUGCUUUUUGAUAUUGCCAACAAAUGUAAUAAAUAUUAAAGAAAAUCACUUUGGUUAGUGUUACCCAGGGUAGAUUUGAUUUAAAUCGUGAUUUUUAAAUGUAAAGGCUCAUUCUUUCUGAUUGUUCUAAUCUUUUAUAUUUGCAACUAUAUUAAUAUUUCAUAUCUAGAAUAAUAUCUUUUCAGAUAGGUCUACCAGCUACAUCAGCACUGAUUUUGUUAUACACAAUUAGCAGGACUAGAGAUGUAAAAUUUCUGGAAAUUAUGAAGCUCGGAAAAAAAAACAACUUUUUUUUUCAGUUUUUUGGGGGAAAAACUGAAAUUUUCUGAAAAAUUGAAAAAAAUGCUACAUUAGCACUUUUUUGUCUUUUUAAGAUUGAAAGUCAUUAUGUUACUUUAGGAACAUAAAAUAUGACUAUGGACAAUUUGACUUGGCAUAAAAUUAUCACAACUAGCAUAUUAAAAAUAUAGUGUAGCAAAACAAUCACAAACAGAAUUAACUUUUUUAGAAUAUUUAUUUGUAACAAAGGGAGCAACAAUCUCCUGAACUGCUAACCAGUUUAUGUGGAACAGCCAAAAAGCCUCCACAAACCAAUUUUCAAAACCAAAAGUAACAAUUUUUCACAGUAUUAAAUAAAAAUAAAAACCCCAUUCUCAUAAAAAGAAUUGAAGAUGGGGGAAGUGUUAAGAAGAGAGUGGGACUAAGUUUCAAUGGACAUUUAAUCAGAAUCAUUUUCUGAGCUGAAAUUGUCAGUAUCCGUCUCUGCUUCUGCAGGUACUCUUUUUUGUCCGUCAUCACAAUUAGGAACUUUAAAAACUUUUGCCCGGAUCGAAACAAGCUUAUCUACCCUUUCACAUGUCAGUUUAUUUCUUGACUUAGUGUGAGUUUUUCCAAACAUAGAUUAGUUUCUUUCACAUGCUGCAGAAGAUGGAGGUAUGUGGAGAAGGCGAGAAGCAAUAGGAGUCAGAGGCUGUGUUGUGCAAAGACCUUGCCACCAUGUUGCAGGAGGAAUAUGUUUGGCAGAAUCCCAGAUUGCAUUCCUGGACCAAAUCCCUGAAGAUGUUCUAUAUUCUGCAACAUUUGAAAGUACCUUCCCAACAUCAAGUCCUAAAUGUGAUGCUUGUUUUGUGAUCCAGUCAAAUGCAGUAGCAGUGUCAUCAACACUUAUGUUUGUACCUUUGAAUCUUGGAUCCAACAGAUUUGCAGCAGCAUGAAUUGGAUGAAAACAAAAUUCUUCCCUCUUUUUAAUAUAAUCUUUCACUUUACUUUCUUCUAUAGUUGUAAGUGGAGAUAUACUGAGAUUUUCAAAAACAGUUGUUUUUAUCUUGGUCAUUAGAUAAGGAAUUUCUGACAAAAGUGCACUAUCUGAUUCAGAUGCAGUGAUUGCUGCAGCAAUUGGCUUUAGAAUCUUCAGGGAAUUUUGCAGCUGAACCCAGAAGACAUCCUGAUCACGAACAGUGUUUCUUACACUCCUGGGUACUUUAAGAUCUUCAACUAUUACUGUUUCUUGAAGAGCUUCUUUGUUUUUUAGUAAACAUUCAAAGGAGAUCACCACUCCAGCCCACCAAGUUUUACUACAGAGCUUCAGCAUAACUAUGCUAUUCUUUGCAUUUUUUUCAACUUGCUUCUUCUUGAAAACUGCAGCUACAAUAUGAGUACCUUUUACAUGUUUAAUAACUUCUUUUGGUCGUCUAUAGACCAUUUGAAGGGUGUCCAACUUCAUAAUUUCAUUAAAAAGCAAGUUUAAUGCAUGGGCGCACAGCUGCCAUCAGAAAUGUUGGGGCCCCUGACACAGCUCAGGUCUGGGCCCCCCGGUGCCUCCACCCGAGUCCGCCCAAAGUGCUGCCCCCCCCGAAUCCGCCCACAGGGAUGCAGUGUCUACAGGGCCGGUGCAAGGAUUUUUGCCGCCCUAGGCAAAAGUAAAGUUUGCCGCCCCCCAUGUGACAUCACAAUGCCCCACCCAUGUGAUCUGCCAUGUUAACUAACAGCAGUGCUGCAGUGCCGCCGUGUUUACAUUAAAAGGCCUGCAGGGACAGGCUAGACACCAGAACCACUACAUUAAGCUGCAGUGGUUCUGGGGACUAUAGUGUCCCUUUAAUGUGAGGUAAAUUAGAGAUUAGUGCCACGAAUAAUAUACUAGAUUGCCUACUUACAACCAGAUGAGGAUGAUGAAGAUGGGCUCUAGCUGCCGUCUGGCUCCACUGGUCUGGUGUACAACAGGCUCUCUGGAGGCGGUUUGUAACUGGUCACAAAAAUCACUGUUCUGGGAGAACGGGAAGCAGCUCCAUUUUUUUGAGGGCCCUUUACACAGCUCAAUGUCUGGGUCCCAGGGUCCACCUUCAUGUUCCACCAAUGAGUUUGUUCACAGGGAGUGGAGUGUGUGUGUGUGUGGGGGAUGUCCUGAUGUGUGAUGUGUGUAAGGGCUGCAAGAUGAGUUUGUGUAUAUAUGGGAUGCAGUGUGUGCGUCUGUAAGGGAUGCAUUGAGUGUGUGUAAGGGGUGCAUUGUGUGUUGCUGUGUGUAAGGGAUGCAUUGCUUGUGUACGUGUAUCUGUGUGUAAUGCAUUGUGUGUUUUUCUGUGUGCAAGGGGUGCAUUGUGUGUGAUGGAUGUCAAUCUCUCCCCCUCCCCCUGUCAAUUUCCUUCUCCCCCCUCUCCCUCCAAUUUCCUUCUUCUCCCCCCCUCUCCAAUUUCCUUCUUCCCCCCUCCAAUUUCCUUCUUCUCCUCCUCCCUCUCAUUUCCUUCCUCUCCCCGUCUCUCAAAUUUCCUUUCUCUCCCCCCGUCCCUCAAAUUUCCUUCCUCUCUCCCUCCCUCAAAUUUCCUUCCUCUCUCCCUGCCUCAAAUUUCCUUCCUCUCCCCCCUCCCUCCCUCAAAUUCCAUUCCUCUCCCCCCUCAAAUUUCAUUCCUCUCCCCCCUCCCUCAAAUUUCAUUUCUUCCCCCCCCAUUUCAUUCCUUCCUCCCCCUCUCCUCAAAUUUCAUUCCUUCCCCCCUCCCAUUUCAUUCCUUCCCCUUCCCCCCUCCCAUUUCAUUCCUUCUCCCUUCCCCCCUCCCAUUUUCAUUUCCCUUCCCCUUCCCCUCCCAUUUCAUUUCCUUCCCCCCUCUACAUUUUCAUUUCUUUUCCCCCAUUUCCCAUUCCUCCCCAUUUCAUUUCAUCUCCCACCCCUCCCAUUUCAUUUCCUUCCCCCAUUCGUUCCUUCCUCCUUCCCCAAUUCGUUUCCUUCCAUUUCGUUCCUUCUCCUCCCCCUCAUGUUCCUUCUCUCCCCUCAUUUCAUUCCUUCUCCCCCCUCAUUUCAUUUCCUUCUCCUCCCAUUUCCCAUUUCCUUCUCCUCCCAUCCCAUUUCAUUCCUUCUCCUUCCCAUUUCAUUUCUUCCCCCUCCCAUUUCAUUUCCUUCUCCUUCCCCAUUUCAUUCCCUUCCCCAUUUCAUUUCAGCCCCAUUUCGACUUCACUUUACCGACUUUCAACCGGCCUUCCCAUUUCAUUUCCUUCUCCUUCCCCCACUCCUUUCAUUCAGCUACUCUUCCCCCCCCCCUCCCAUUUCAUUUCCUUCCUUCCCCCCCUCCCCACGUUUUGUUUCCUUCUCCUUCCCCCCCUCCCAUUUCAUUCCUUCUCUAGCCCCCUCCCAUUUCAUUCCUUCUCUCCUUCCCUCCAUUUCAUUCCUUCUCCUUCCCCCUCCCAUUUCAUUCCUUCUCCUUCCCCCCUCCAUUUCAUUCCUUCUCUUCCCCCCUCCCAUUUCAUUCCUUCUUCUUCCCCCCCUCCCAUUUCAUUUCCUUCUUCUUCCCCCCUCCCAUUUCAUUCCUUCUUCUUCCUCAUUUCAUUCCUCACCCCCACUCCCUCGAAUUUCAUUCCUCCUAUCCCCCCUGACACUGGCGGCGGGCGGGCAGGCCGGCGCGCGAGGGAGCACUCUCUGUGUGCUUCCUCUUAAGCUCCCUCGCGCGCCGCGUACUGAUGCCGGAGCCGGAAGAUGACGUCAUCUUCCGGCUCCGGCAUCAGUACGGUGCGCGAGGGAGCUGAAGAGGAAGCACACAGAGAGUGCUCCCUCGCGCGCCCGCCGGGUGUCAGCAGGGCCAGCCUUGGGGGGGCCCUGACGUGGCCGCCUCCUGGGCCCCCCAGGAGAAGAGGCUGGCCCUGUGGGUACAUACCGGGUCGCUGGAUCCCCUGCGACCCGGUAUGUACCCACUGAAUGUGGGGCCCGGACGACCUGAGCAGUCCGGGCCCCCCAGGACCGCCGGGCCCAUGACAACCGUUACGGUUGUCAUGCCCUGAUGGCGGCCCUGGCUGCACAUCCUAUUGCAGUAAUAUGUGGAUACUUCUCCAUUAGGAUUUCCCAUGCUGCUUUCAUGUUGCUGGCAUUGUCAGUAAGCAAAGCAAAGACUUUACCACUCCCAAUUUUCUGUAGGACAUCACAGAUUUUACAGCUGAUAUACUCUGCAGUAGGUCUGUUCUCUCCUGUUUCAAUGCUUUUGUAAAAAACUGGCUGAGGUGUUGUUGUUAUAACAAACUUUAUAAUUCCUUCUUCUCUCACAUUUGUCCAUCCAUCUAUAAGUAGUGAUGUCCCGAACGGUUCGCCACGGACUCAUCAUUGAGUAAACUUUGACCCUGUACCUCACAGUCAGCAGACACAUUCCAGCCAAUCAGCAGCAGACCCUCCCUCCCAGGCCCUCCCACCUCCUGGACAGCUCACUAAGAAUGCAGCUUCACAAUGAAUGUAAAAUGGAUGCUGUCCAGGAGGUGGAAGGGUCUGGGAGGGAGAGUCUGCUGCUGAUUGGCUGGAAUGUGUCUGCUGACUGUGAGGUACAGGGUCAAAGUUUACUCAAUGAUGAGUCCGCGGCGAACCGUUCGGGACAUCACUAUCUGUAAGUAGUGCAAGACACAGGGCUUUAUUAAUUUUUCCUUGCACCAAUUCCAUUACACGUUCUUAUUCUGACUCCAAAAGAGGCUUGCUCAAAGAAUGUCUGCUGGGCAAUUGGUAUGAUGGUCUUAAUAAUUUCAAAGCUUCCUGCCAGUAUGUAUUUUCAGUUAUUGAAAACGGCGUUCCAGAAGAAUAUAUUGCUCUUGCAAGAGCUUGAUCAAUUUUUUCCUGAUCUUCAGGUGUCAUCUUGUCUAUAAAUGAAGUUAGUGAAUAAUUUUUGGAUGCAGCUGUCUUCUGUUUACUUGAAGAUGCUGCUGACGUGAUAGAUGGAGUAGAAAGAGGACUUCUUGAACGAGAACGUGGAGAAAAACUGUGUGCAUUGUCAUCAUUGUUGUCCUCUUCACUUCGAUCCAUGAAGGAUUUUGUAAUAUCUACAGUACACUUGUUACAUACAAGAAUGUGUUUUGUCAUCCUGGUAGCAUUUGGAAAUGCAUAUUUCAUCUGACAAUAUUUGCAAAUCACAUUUUUCUUUUCAGAAGAACUUGUAAUGUGAAAAUGCCUCCAUAUGCUAGAUGUUGGUCUCACCAUUUUUCUGAAGGGAGUAGGAAAUAAAAACAAGAACAAAUGACUACUUUGCAAGAAUAGACUAAUCUAUGUGUGUGGGGGUCACUGGGGGAAGAACCAGAUUACUGGUAAAACUGAAACCUUUUUCUUGUUACAAUAGCAGCACAGCACCUCCUAAAGGAAGACAUGCAUACUGUUCUUGUAUUGGAGGGUUCAGUUUGUUACAUAGGACUUGCUUGUCCUCACUCAGUGCACAGAAAUUAGAAUAAUCUGAUAUCAUACAUUUUUUUUUUUUUUUUUAAAUGAUUUGGAAAAUAUUUGAACACCCUGUCUUAAAAUAUUUUAUUCAUCAUGUUAAAAUAAAAUAUUCCACAAUUUUCAUAUAUUUUUUAAAUUUUCCAAUUUUUCGGAAAAAAACCAAAAAAAGCCUUCAGGAAAAAACGUGGGAAAAAAUUUUUUUCAGAAUUUUUCCAGGUUUUUUUCCAGGCCUUCACAUCUCUAAGCAGGACUGGAGUAAGAUCUUAUUAGGCCUGGUGCUGAUUAGUAUGAUUAGUUUCAGAAUCUUAUGUAGACUAAAGCAGUCAUGCCUCAAGUGUCUUCCUUCUUGUAGAGGUGAUUCCCGAAUACAUUUUAUUUAUAAGAAUGCACACACUAUGCACGUAUCUCUGCUUUCAUCUCUUACUCAAGUCUAUCUAUCUUGCAGCUCUCAUCUCUUCCCUCUCACCAAUCACAAACUCUGAAAACUCUCUCCUUAGCACUCACUUGUCCAUUCCUCUGCUUCCCUUUUUACUAGCAGGCAGAAGCUCCUGUUAUGCAGCCUGCUACGGAUAUAAAGGUGGAUUUAGUAAAUGUAGCAGAAAGGGUCAUUACCAUUACCAUUACCAUUAUUACCAUUUAUAUAGCGCCAACAGAUUCCGUAGCACUUUACAAUAUUAUGAAAGGGGAUUUAACUAUAAAUAGGACAAUUACAAAUAAACUUACAGGAACAAUAGGUUGAAGAGGACCCUGCUCAAUCGAGCUUACAUUCUAUAGGAGGUGGGGUGUAAAACACAUUAGGACAGGAAUGUGCAAUCAAAUAAGGUGGGCUGCUCUUUAGGAGAGGGCAAGAGACGGGUAUGUGAGGUAGGGGUUAGUCUUGGAGGCCAUAAGCUUUCCUAAAGAGAUGGGUUUUAAGGCACUUCUUAAAAGAUGCAAGACUAGGGGAGAGUCGGAUGGCGGUAGGCAGGCUAUUCCAUAGGAAGGGAGCUGCCCGCGAGAAGUCCUGCAAGCGGACAGGAGGUGGUCACGGGCAGAGCGGAGAGACCGAGAAGGGACAUACCUGUGGAUCAGUGAGGAGAUAUAAGAGGGGCUAGAGUUGUUCAGUGCUUUAUAGGUGUGAGUUAGUGCCUUGAAUUGACUCCAAUAGCACACAGGAAGCCAAUGUAAGGACUGGCAGAGGGGUGAGGUGUGAGAGAACCGACUAGAGAUGAAAAUCAGUCUAGCAGCAGCAUUCAUUACAGACUGUAGGGGUGCAGUACGGCUUUUGGGAAGACCAAGCAGGAGAGGGUUACAAUAAUCCAUGCGUGCAAUUAUUAGAGCAUGGACAAGCUCCUUGGUAGUAUCUGGUGCAAGAAAGGGGCGGAUGCGGGCUAUGUUUUUAAGAUGGAAUCUACAGGAUUUGGCAACAUGCUGGAUGUGAGGCUCAAAGGUGAGACCAGAGUCAAGUAUGACGCCAAGACAGCGUGCUUGCAAGGAUGGGCUGAUGUUGGUACCACAAACUUGAAGGGAGAGCGAGUCAUGCCAAACUGUUAGACAGAAGCAGCAAGCUUUACAUUAACUAUUUUAUAGCCAGCCAGUACACUCAACGUUUGUUCCCCUGUAUUCCUCUGUGUUCCCUUACUGACCUCCUUCUGCACAACAUUAGCAGAGAUUAUGCGCAGAGUAGUAAACAUAGGUGUUUAUUACCAAUGAGCCUGGAGCUUCAGCUCCAUUAGCCCCUUCGAUUAAGGAACGCUAUAGUGGUGGAGUACCUGUUUAGAUCCCUGGCCUCCUUCAGAAUUGAGUAAAAAGAUAUUUCAAUUACCUUUUCUCCGAUCGACAAGGCUAAGCCCGCCUCCAUGGCUGAGAUCAUCAAUCUUGACAAUUUCAGCCCAUCCAAUGCUUUCCUAUAAGCAUUGGGAAGCUACUGCGCAUGCAGGACAAAGCGCCACAUGGCGCCAAGCAGAAUCUCCUCAUAGAGAUGCAUUAAAUCUAUGGGGAGCGCUCACCGUCUCCGUGCAGAGUGUGGAGACACUGAAUGUACGUGCUGUACACUGUGCAGAACUAAAAUAGGAAGCUCCUCUAGCGGACAUCUGAGUGACUGCACCUAGAGUUGUUAAUAGGCACCAAGGCAAACACUUUAUUUUCUCUGCUCAGCCUGAAGAGACAUGCUGCAGACAGUGGUGUGUCCUGGUUUUGUGCUGCCCUAGGCAUUCUUGGGGCGGCGCGCGAGGGAGCUGAGCAGAGAGCUCAGGGGAAAGUGCUUCCUCGCCGGCCAGCCGCCCGCCCAGCAGCCUGCCUUGUCAGUUAGCCGCAAGGCUUUUUUUGCCGCCCCCUGGAAAAUGCCGCCCAAGGCAAAUGUCUUGUUUGCCUCGCGGCUAAAACAUCCCUGGUUGCAGACACCAGAACAACUACAUUAUGCUGUAGUGAUUCUGAUGACUACAGCCCUGACCAUUAGAAUUGAGAUAGAUAAUCAUGAACUACGGUAAAAUAGGUGAAUCAUUCAUGUUUGGAGAACAACUUAAAACAAGAUUAGCGAUUAAGGUUAUUUUCUGAUCAUUGUAUGUUUAUUUAUAACAUUGUUCCGGUGAGGCUUAUUAUUGCCCUGUAGCUAACAAUAGGAUGUUCUGGCAGCAAAAUCAACUUAUCCCCACAGUCUCACUAUGGUUUGCACACUCCAAAGUUGGCCUAUCAAUACAUCACAAUACCUUGCUGAAUAUUGCAAAGGAUGGAAAGUACAAGUAGUUUGCAGCAGUUAAACAAAAUUUCAUUUCGGAUACGUGAAAACAAGAAAAACCUUAAUUUCCUUCCUUGCAAAACCCUUUCUAAAUACAUUUCUUGGAAUGGGGGUUGUCCCAGGCAAAAUUAUGCAAAUUGUGAUUGUGUAAGGGAGCAACUGCAUCUAUAAAGUUAAGAUAAUGCAAAUGAAACAAGGCGGGCACACUCGACUAAACAACAAAAUAGCCCCAGGAAAAGGCUAAUAUAAUGAAUACUGGGUGCUCACCCACAUAAGGCUCUAUCCCCUAAAGAACCCAAAAUACAUAACAGUGUGAAUAGAGUAAGGAGCACAACCAUAAAUCUUUAUAUAUAUGAAAAAAUCUUUAUUAAAUGGGUAUAUACUAUAGGACUGUCUCUUUAAAUAUUAUCCACAGAGGUACAAAGUCAUGCUAUUCAAAAGCAUUUACCAGAAAAGCAAUGAUAAAGGCAAAUAUAAACGCUCAAUGCGUAAUAAAUGAAUGAAAGAAAUAUCAUGCAAACAGUCCACUAUAAUACUAGUAUAAUGAAAACCCAGAUAUAUAAAAAAAUGCAGCAAACCAUACCAAAUUCACUGAGAAGUAGAGACAGAGUCAAUCAAAAAAAAACCAACGUUUCGGCUGAAAAGCCUUUGUCAAGGGAGCAUCUUUUGCAUUUUUUUAUAUAUCUGGGUUUUCAUUAUACUAGUAUUAUAGUGGACUGUUUGCAUGAUAUUUCUUUCAUUCAUUUAUUACGCAUUGAGCGUUUAUAUUUGCCUAUAUCAUUGCUUUUCUGGUAAAUGCUUUUGAAUAGCAUUACUUUGUACCUCUGUGGAUAAUAUUUAAAGAGACAGUCCUAUAGUAUAUACCCAUUUAAUAAAGAUUUUUUCAUAUAUAUAAAGAUUUAUGGUUGUGCUCCUUACUCUAUUCACUCUAUAAAGUUAAGAAACAGAGCUUCAAGCUGAGGCUUGCCGAAGAUGGAGACUGCAGGUGAAACUGAGCAGAUUUCCAUUCAUGUCAUUCUUCAUGUUAAAUGAUGUGUGUGCUUUAAACAAUGCUAAUGAAAUGACUAAGCUCUUUGUCUUUAGCUACAUUCCAGUCUCAAGGCAGCUCUGAAGUAACAGAUCUCUCAGAAGAAACGUAAGUUCUGAUCUGUUUUUUUUUUUUUGUUUGUUUGUUUGGAUUUUUUAAAUAUUGUCAUUAUUUUUAUUUAUUUUGCAAUGUUUUUUUCCGUAAAAUAUUUUGAAAUAACUUUACAAAGAAAAAGCAGUGAGCUUACAGAUGCAACAACACACUAAGGUGUCCAGUCAAUGUUACAAAGCAAAGGAUACUAUCAACUACAACUACUAUCCAACUACAAGUAUUUAGUUUUAUUUUUGGGGGGCAUAUUUAUUCUCUGGAAACCCACACAUCGCAAUUAUUGUUCCCUUUUUAAAGAGAUUACAUCACGGUAGGUGCCGUUUUCUAUGUAAAAAAAUUCCACUCUCGUAGAGGAAUAUUGAGGGCUGAUGCGCAUUCUUUCUUAUAGGAAAGCAUUUAAUGCAGUGAUUUUCUAUGAGCUGCCUUUGGCCACAUGACAGAGUCUAACUGGGUCAGGGAUAGGCAACCUUCGGCACUACAGAUGUUUUGGACUACAUCUCCCAUAAUGCUCUCACAACCACAAUGCUGGCAAAGUAUCAAGGGAGAUAUAGUCCACAACAUCUGGGUUGCCGAAGGUUAGCUAUCCCUGAACUAAGUCAUUGUAGACGAAGUGCCUCUAGUGUCUAUCAGGAAGACAGCCACUAGAGGUGCGUUUGACCCGGCAAUGUAAUCUUUGCAGUUUCUGCAAGAGACCCAAAGCUACACUAGUGGAAGAAUCAAUUCAGCAUUUUGUUUAAGUACUCUUACAAUGUAAUCUGUGCCAGCUGAGCUUUGUGUAUUCUGUAUCUUGAUAUUUCUAUAAUGUCAAUAUUAAAAGCGGAGUUUAAUGCAUUUGAUCUCUCGUUACACUUGCAGUAUCACCUUUGCCGACUGAGAGUUGUGCAUUAGGAUUCCUUGUUACUCUUAGAGUAUUUGUUGUAUUUAGAGAAUGUGUUUGUUUGCGUUUAUACUCUUGUAUGUUCUUCCUCAGCGUGGACGUGGUGUUUGUGGACAGAUCAGGCCGCCAUAUACCAGUGAAAGGGAAAGUAGGAGAAAGUGUUCUAUACCUAGCACAUCGAUGUGACAUUGAUUUAGAAGGUAUGUGGUAAUAAAAUGUCUGUCUUGAUAUGUUUUUGACAUAGAGUUCCAAUUAGCCUCAGCAUUUUGAGAUUUGCAGUUUAAAAAAUAAAAAUAAAAAAGAGUUGGAGUAAUACAGGUUUCCUAAUAAAUCCCCAUGGCAGCAUUGGCUAAUGAACAGGUUAGCCACUUCCCUCCCAGCAGAAAUGGCCAUAGAAAAGACUGGUUACCAUAUAUACCUCUUACCAUGUCCAUCACUAGGUCAAAAUGUGAUAUCAUUUUCUAGAACCUUAUCCAUGGUUUACAUCUUGUUCCAACUUGCAAAUUCCUGCAGUUUGCAUGCACCUCAUUCUAUUUCUUUCUGUGAAUCAUUGGAGUUUGUAUUUCCACCAUCCACUGAGUAUUCACAUUCUUUUUAACACAUAGUUGUUCUUAACAGGUAUGACGUACAGGUAGACCUUCAAUGGAAUCUACUGAAUGAAUUGCAAAACUGUUUUGGGGAUUAUUGGCAGUCCACGCAUAGAGCAAUUUUUCAUAGCAUAUCAAAUAAUAUGCAGGCAUAAGCAGCAUCCACAAGGCUAGCAUGUGGUCUACAUCAGUGUUUCCCAACCCAGUCCUCAAGGCACACCUACCAGUCCAGGAUUUAGGGAUUACCCAGUUGUGUCUAAGGUGUUUUUACAAAGAAGAAAAAAAACACCUUAGACACAACUGGGUAAUCCCUAAAUCAUGGACUGGUAGGUGUGCCUUGAGGACUGGGUUGGGAAACACUGGUCUACAUCUUCAGCAAAGGCAGAGGAUCUUUAUCGUUGAUCUAACACAUUUGUGGUUUUGGUGUUUGUUUUUUAGGGGCCUGCGAAUCCUCCUUAGCAUGUUCUACGUGUCAUGUGUAUGUCAGUACCGAGUUUCUUGAUAAACUUCCUGAUCCAGAUGAAAGGUAAGCAUUGGAGGUCUUAGAAACAUAACUGAGCCUUUUAACAUAGAGAAUUAGUAAAUAAAAAGUGCGUUAAGAAACGUUAUACAUCAGAUUUUUAUUUUUUAAUCAAAUACUAUUAGUUUUAUUAAUACAUAGCAUACAUAAACCUCUAAAGGUUAAUUACUAAUAUCAAAAUUUAAAUCUGAAGGCUAAAAUAGCAAAACUUUGACUAAUAUAGAGUAGGGGAUUUUUUGUUUUUUUAUAGAAGUUAUUUCUUCAUGCAAUAUUACAAGGAAAUAGCAGAAUUAAAAAUGUAUUAUACACUUGACCUUCAUUCAGCAUCAUCAUGUUGCAUAUCUACUCCAUGUCAACAUUCAUCAAAGCAAAAUUUCCAUGUUCUGUUUUUUUAAUGGAAGAUUCUAGACAAUUGUCAAAGGAAGAAUAAAGAGGGGAAGGGGGAGAAAGGAGACAAAAAAAGAAGGUUAAACAUCUCUCAAAUUUAUUAUGGUAACUUUAUCUGCCAGCUAUCAUAAUGCAGCAUCCAAGGAUCUCUGGGUUUCUGGAAGUAAGGAAAAGUGCGGAGGACUAUUGCUGGUUAUAUGGUCUUGGACCUUAUGUAUAAGCAGAGAAUUGCAUCACCAUAUUAACUUGGGACAUACAUUUUGUAAUAACACUUAAAGAGAUACUAAUAGAUUGUUUUGAUAAGAACCUUAAUUGCUUAUAGUUUGUUUUCUUGUUUUUUCUUAUACAAUUAUACAAUUAUUAUCAUUAUACAAUGAUUUAAUGUGUCUUGUGUUAUUGUUGUGUAGCUGUAGGAACUAUUCUAUCAUGCAGCCCUUUUUUUGUAAAGCCAAGCUAAAAUACAGAGUAGUUUGGAAUGUUUUAAGGAGCACUAUAAGGUCAGGAACACAAACCUGUAUUUCUGACCCUGUAGUGUUAAAACCACUAUUUAGGUGGCUUGCCCCCUUUACCUCCUUAAAAGGUAAGAAAACCUACCUCAUUACCAGAGCUGGCCCUGCCCCUGAUCCGCCUCCUUGCUGACAUUAUCAUGAUUUACGAUUUUUCCUUUUGGGAAAGCAUUUGAUUGUCUGAAAUCGGUAAGGAGAUGGGACGGGGGCGGGCCAAAUGCUGGCUUGGCUAAUCAGCACCUCCUCAUAGAGAUGCAUUAAAUCAAUGCAUCUCUGAGGAAAAAUCUGCGUUUCCAUGCAGAGCGUGGAGAUGCUGAACACCAGUGCUGCACACUGUGCAGCACUGCCCCAGGGAGCACCUCCAGUGGCCAGGAGUCCCUAGAGGACAAUGUAAACAAUUCCUUUUCUCUGAAAAGACAGUGUUUGCAUGAAAAUGCCUGAAGGUAAUGAUUAUACUCACCAGAACAACUACAUUAGGCUGUAGUUGUUCUGGUGACUAUAGUGUCCCUUUUAAAGGUAUAUUAAAAUCAAUGUGCCAUUGUUUAAUUCUUUGUCAUUUUGUUUAUAGCUUGAUCAUGCUGCCUGCUUUCUUCUUGUACAGAGUGAGCUAGAGCGCAGCUAGCUUUGUGGUGCUCUACUUGUUGCUCAGAGUGAAUGUAGGUCUCUGAGUCAGAUAGUGAACAGUACGGUGUUUGAAAAUGUGCAUGUUUACUGCAGAGCCCCUGCAGGUUUGGGAGUCCCAUGCACUGCGGGAACACUCACUCAGGAUAAAUACUUAAACAUCUGGAUGGGAAAAGUACUCUUCCCCCAAAAUACAUACGAUGAUGAGGGGGAGGGGUUGCUCAGGAUAUACUUGAAGGAACACUCCAAGCAUAACCAUGGUUAUGGUGCCAAGAGUGUCCUGGUGGCCCCCACUGUGAAUAGUCAGACUGAGCUAAGCUCCUGCUUAGGUGCUUCCAGCUAUUUGGCUCUAGUAGUGGAAGCAGGGAGUGGCGCACAACAGAACUCGGGUAAGAAGGAUGACUGUUCAAAACGGUUUGACUACUUGCAAUGGAAGGCGGCAUCUUAUAAUGGCCACAUCAUGUUAUAGUGGUUAAGGUGCUUGGUGUGUUCUUCUAAAAAUAGGAAUGAUUGUAUUCCACUGACCACGUAAAUGCACCGUAAUAGCUACCAUAUGCUGUAGUUGUUAUGGUGUCUGGAAUAAGUUUUUUAAACCCUUCUCCUUUUACUCACCAGCUGCAAUUUGUGUGGUGGCUCACCUAAGGAUGCUACUAUUAAUUCAGCAGUAGAAGCCAAAUACAAUUCUGCAAUUCUGGUAAAUUAUGCACUUUUAUAUUACCACCAUAACCAUAUGCACCAUAAAUAUUAAAAUUUAUUAUAAAAGUUAAUGUUGUUAGGAUCCUGUCGUUGAAUACUUACCAUUUAAAUCCUUGCCGUUUUUUAGAUUUUGAGCUUCUUCCCUGGAAACCUCCACCCCCAUGAAAUGUAUUCUAGAGCUCUAGUAUUAAUUAAUCACCUGGUAUUCUAUUCAGGUCAUUUCCUUUGCUUCUAAGAGUGCCAUAGGUCAGCAUGGCUCAGUGCACAGAUCUGGGCAGGGAACCGUACUGUGUGCAUGCAUUCUCACAACACAGCUACUACAAUGGAAGGAGACUGGUUUGAACAUUAUGAGCUAUGCUCACAAAUACUUGCACUACUCAAAGUGGAAGGUAAACUCCUACGUAGGAUGUCAAUGUAGGGGGUUGGAGACUGGUCACAGAAAAAGAAACACAGAAUCUCAAAAAUAUCAGGGGCUUUGAAGAAAUGUAUACAGGCUAAGCAUUGCUUGGAGUAUUCCUUUAAAAUUGGACCUUUUGAGUAAAAAAACAUAAGUGAAAAUGUUUGGCCUACAUUCAUUGCAGUCUUGGACCGUGUGCCCCUUGACUGGUGCCCUAGCUGUUUGUGGUUUAUGGCUGGUGCUGACGUGGCAUUCUAGUUUUUAAAGGUUCCCCUUGUGUUAGGAAAAUGUUCAAGAUCUUUACACUGCUGAGCUAGUGUUUUAUCACCUCAUGGUGUCUGCCUGGCAUUCUGGCUACACGAAGUAGUGUUUGGCAGAUGUUCUAUGUUCCCGUGAGAUUUGGCAGUAUGGAAUAGAAAUGUUCAUGUAUCUCUAUGAAGACAGAUAUGUCUCAUGAUUGCAGCAUUGAUCUAAUGUCUUUCUUACAGGGAAGAUGACAUGCUGGACAUGGCCCCCUUGCUGCAGGAAAACUCCAGACUCGGAUGUCAGAUCAUUCUCACGCCAGAACUCAAUGGAGCCGUGUUUACGCUCCCCAAAGUAACUAGAAACUUUUAUGUGGAUGGGCAUGUGCCUAAACCUCAUUGA